CAAAAACAAACCACCAGAUUAAGUUUCUUCAGUUUUUUGAUAACUUUAGGACGCUGGUGAACAGCGUUUAAGAAACAGGCUACAUUUUACACCACAAUUGUCUGAUUUUGUAUGAUUCCGUAUGUUUAUAUCACCCCUUUUCCGUCUCCAGGUGUGUUUCAUGAAUUCAAAUCAACGGAGAUUACUUACAGCUGCAGAGAUAUCUCCAUGGGGGUGUGGACAACGGCCUUCUUUCCAAACCAGUCAUCGGCCAAAAAAAAUGGAUCGAAUCCUCAACAGAAACCGUCUUUGGUGGAUUACCUUCCUUAUCUCAGUUUACACACUUACAGAAACCCGGUCAAUAAACAACCAAGCGGGGUUUAGCACAACCAGCUCCCAGGUCCAGAGCAGGCCUCAUGGAAACUUUCAGACUCAACAAAAUGGCGUCAAACUGCGACCCCGGUCUGUGGUGGUCCACUGUUACCCGGACUACAUGGAGGUCGUGGUGCAGGCGGAUAUGUUCAAUAUGGGCCUUCAGGUGGAGGGCAGACACCUCCACCUGGGCUCAGACACGGUGGCUGAAGGGGGUGCAUGUGGAGCAGAGCCAUCAGGAGAGGCCGAAUUCACCAUCAGGACUAAACUACUGGAUUGUGGGACUUCACUCUCAGUAAGGACUACCUUUAUUUACUGCGAUUAUAAUGUGUUUACCUUGUUGUUUUGCAGCUAGUUUUGACAACUUCACCCUGUUUGUAGUGCUCGGUGUCUUGGAUCAGGAUUAUAUUGAUGUACUUUUAUGUUUUAUCCAGAAUUAAACAUCCUGAAAGAUAAAUACUGUUUGUUUUUCCAGUCAACAAAAGAGAGGAUUAUAUACUCUAAUGUUUUGGUCUACUCACCUGAACCUUCAUUGCAUGGUUUGCUCAGACUGGAUGGAGCAAGUAUUCCAGUGGAAUGUCACUAUGAGAAGUAAGUGCAGAACAUUUAUAGGCAGUAUAUUUAUGCCUAGACUUUUGGAUCCAGUUUUGUAUCUUGAAUUUGACAACCCUCUACUUUUUAACAAUCCUUGAAUGAAAUUUGAAUGUAUGUUUUCUGUUUUUAGGAAGUAUGCAGUGGGAGGUGUUUCACUGCAACCCACUUGGGUCCCAUUUGUCUCCAAGGCCUUGGCAGAGAAUCAGAUUGACUUCAACCUGCUUCUCAUGACUGGUAAUAAGAGGACAGCUGUGAUAAAGCAUCUAAGCCAUGAUAUUUUCAUCCUCCCUACCAAGUUUGUUUUCAUCUUUUUUUUCUCUCUCACUGUUGCAGAUGAUUGGCAGUAUGAAAGAGGAUCUAACUCUUACUUCCUAGGUGACCCUAUUAAUUUCCAGGUGUCUGCUAGUAUCCGUAACCACGUUCCCUUGCGAGUCUAUGUUGACCACUGUGUUGCCACUGCAACUCCUGACGCAGAGGCCACAUUAAGAUAUGACUUUAUUGAGCAUCACGGGUAAGCUCAAGGUUUUUUAAAAACUCACCAUCUUGUACCAUCAAAUAUAGAUUAGUUGUUAAACUUUGUGUCUUUCUCGAUCUUUUCAAAUGUUAAGUAACUUUCUUCCAAACUAAUGUCACAGAUGUCUCGCUGAUGCCUACCUGACAAACUCCAGAUCCCAUUUUCUACCAAGAGUUGAGGAGCACAAGCUGAGGUUUCAGCUUGAUGCCUUCAGGUUCAACUCGGAUCACGUCAAUCAGGUUUGCCUAUAUGACUUUUUUUGAUUUUACUUGUUACAUUAUUCUGGUUAUUGUACAUGAAAACCUGUCUCCCACAGGUCUACAUUACCUGCUAUUUGAAAGCUGUACCAGUCGGAUCAGCUGUCAGCUCUCGAAACAGGGCCUGCUCUUUGAUAGACAACAGGUAAUCCAGCAAUUUUAUCUUCUUCAUCAGUUCCCCCUGCUGUGAUUAUCUUACCUGUUUCACUCAAGUGAUUUACAUUGAUUUGAGAUUUUCCUGCUUAUCCAGUUGGAGAUCUGUAGAUGGGAAUGACCAGGCCUGUAGAAGCUGUGAUAUCUCUCACCGAGCUGAGGAACCUCCGCCCACAGAGCCUCCUACAACCACCACCACCACCACUACCACUACCACCAGCACUAAAUCCUGGACUCCACAAGCAAGUUUAGUCCAGAAGAAACAUGAACAUCUCCCUGCCACGUAUUACCGCGUUCAUCCUGGCAUGCACCAGAGCCAAUAUAACAGACUUCAGCAGUCCCCUGCUGGAUUAAAAAAGCGAGGAACAGAGGUCAAAGCAGGUAAGUGCAGUAAUUACAUUUGAUUGAUUCAUACAAUAUAAAACCUCAAAGCUAAGAAAUUUUGUCCAACUACUUGUGAAAUAAGAGGCUGUUUAGCUGUCAGUGAGAGGUAAAACACAAGCCACUGUCAUCUGACAGAAAAUAUCUCAUCUCAGGGGAGAACAAGUGGAAAGAAGACAUGCAUUGCUUUUAAUGAGAAGAAAAUCUUCCAAUUACACAAGUUUCUUGACAUAAAAAGUUGCCUUAAAUUGUGAAAGGAACAAGACGAAUCACUUUCUUCCCUAAUUUAGAAGUUUUGCAGUGUUCUCCUAUUUUUGUACCAUUUCAAUGGAAUUUCAGCAAGUUUAAAUGCCAUCAAAUCUAGAUCAUAUCCCACUGAAUGGUAAGAUCCAGCUGAUCUGCAGUUUUAUAGCACAUAUUUUCAUUGCGAGCAGGCUUGUUUAUUUACAAAGGAUUAAACAAACAUCUACAAGUUUUUGAGACCCAUUUUCCGUCAUGGUCACCAGGCAGAUAAUUUAAAAUCAAAUGAGGCCACAAAUAAUACACAACUAUCUAUUUAUGUGGUAAAUAAUCCAUUGCUUUGAUACAGCGCUAUUGCCAACCCUGAGUGAGAACCAUGUGUGUGUUUUACAGAGCAAACUGUCCAGAUGGGACCAAUUAUUGUAUUGCAAACCAGCAAAACUGACCCAGAGCCAACAGACUCCAAAGCCUCACUUUGACAGCAGAACAGGAAUACUGAGGACUCCUGAUAGUCCGAGAGGCUGAUGGACUAAAAGGUUUCAUUCCUGCUACAUUCAGAAAACUUUUAAAGUUAUGUUUUUGUACUAAAAUGAUAAUCUGUGCAAAUGCAGAGGUUCAUUUGUCAUUUAAAAUAUUGCUUUGCAAUAAAAAGAGUUUUUUGUUUGUUUUCUGUGAACUAUUCUCUCAGCCUUAUACAAAGAUGUCUACUCACUCUGCUACCAUUUUUCUUUUUUACUGCAUAAACAACACUUUUC